UGGCUAUCUAUUCUAUGGUUAUAUAUUUUCACAUUAAUUAAAAUUGAGAAGAAAAAAAACUAGUUGAAGGGUUUUUGAAAAGUGCUAUGUAAAACCUUAAAUUAGCCAUUUCUGAUGGUUUGACAGAGUAUUGUGAAUCUGUCUUUACAUUUCUGUGUAAUUCAAGAAGAAAUCAAAUCAGGAUCAGAUGUUUCCCCAUGUCAAGUAGUUCUAAAAGAUGUCUCUUGUUGCUCCACAAAUGCAUCAAUAUGAACCAGCUAAAGCAAGCUCAUGCCCAGGUUCUUAAAUCCGGCCUCCACAACAGCAACUUCGUUUUGAGCAGAUUGUUGAAUUUUUGUGCAGAAUCCCGCAAUGGCUCUCUUUCUCAUGCAUUCAAGCUCUUCCAACACAUUCAACACCCCACCAUUUGCAUCUUCAACACCAUGAUCAAAGCCCUUCUGCUUCGAGGUGAAUUUCUCAACGCCAUUGCUGUUUUCUCUGCCAUCUUUCGAAAUGGGAUCCACCCUGAUACUUAUACUCUUCCUUACGUUCUAAAGGCUUCUGCGAGGAUGACUAACAUUCACCUUGGAGAGUCCAUUCAUGCCUGUACUAUAAAAUUGGGGUCUGCAGUGAAUGAAUUUGUGGGGAAUUCUUUACUUGUUAUGUACCGCUCGUUUGACAACAUGAGAAGUGCAAGACAAGUGUUCGAUGAAAUGCCUGAGUUAAGUGCUGUGUCAUGGACGGUUAUGAUUUAUGGGUAUGCAAAUAUGGGUGAUGUUGACACUGCAAGAGAGUUGUUUGACAUGGCUACGGUUAAAGAUACAGGGAUAUGGGGUGCUAUGAUAUCUGGGUAUGUGCAGAACAAUUGCUUCAAGGAGGGGCUUCACAUGUUCCGUCUGAUGCAGCUGACUGAAGUAGAGCCUGAUGAAGCCAUAAUUGUGACAAUCCUUAGUGCUUGUGCUCAUAUGGGAGCUCUUGAUACUGGGAUUUGGAUUCAUAGGUAUUUGGGUCGGCUAGGAUUGCCAUUAACUCUGCGAGUGAGCACUGGGCUAAUAGAUAUGUAUGCAAAAUGUGGGCAUUUGGACCUCGCUAAGUACCUUUUCAAUGAAAUGUCUCAGAGAGAUAAUGUUUGUUGGAACGCAAUGAUUUCCGGAAUGGCAAUGGAUGGAGAUGGAGAAGGUGCAAUCAAACUCUUCAUGGAGAUGGAAAAGGCUGGAAUAAAGCCUGACAACAUUACUUUCAUAGCCGUUUUGGCUGCUUGUAGCAACUCAGGUAUGGUCGAUGAAGGUAUAAGGAUAUGGAAUAGAAUGUCUACAGUACACAAAAUUGAGCCAAAGAGUGAACAUUAUGGGUGUGUAAUUGACCUGCUGAGUCGAGUUGGGCGGUUUGAGGAAGCAGAGGGAGUGAUUCAAAGGCUUCCUAAAACAGCCAGCCCUUCAGAGGAAGCAGUGGCUUGGAGAGCAUUUCUAAGCGCUUGCUGCAAGCAUGGGCAAACGCAGCAGGCAGAGGUUGCUGCUGAGAGGUUGUUCCAACUGGAAAGGCAUAGUGGGGCUUAUGUUUUGCUCUCAAAUAUGUAUGCUGCUUUGGGGAAGCAUGAGGAUGCUAAAAGAGUGAGGAACAUGAUGAAGUUGAAAGGGGUUGAGAAGGUACCUGGUUGCAGCUCUAUCAAAGUAAAUGGGGUUGUCAAUGAAUUCAUUGCAGGGGAAAAGACACACCGCCACAUUGAUAAUAUACACUUGGUUUUGGAAGAGUUGAAUAAACAGAUUGUUGAAGCUGAUCUUGAAGGUAUAAUAUCAACCGCUCACAUUGGAUAUUGAUUCGUACAAAUGCACACGUCAAAUUAUAAUAUAGUAAACUGUUCAAGAACGAUCUUUGGAGAUUUGGUGAUUAAUUAUUUUAGUCAUUGCAGAAAUCUUUCCAGAUUUAUUUAGGACGCUUAUUCUUUAUAAAGACCUAAACUAAAGAAAGUGGUAAAGGGUGACAAACAAGAUGAAACUGAGGUAGAGACACAUCAUAGGGUGUUGAUUUUGUAAUGGAUGAACUGUAUCAAUUGACUAACCCUUAAAAUUCAUGUAUUGUCAAUCAUAGAUUAGAAGCCUCAUGUACAUGUGUUCUCUCUCGAGUUUAACUUAAAUGUUUAGUUAGAAUAUAUGAAUAUCAUAAUGGAGAAGUUGUAAAAUUGUUUUGAAGA